CGAACGGUCUGUUUAUCGACAAAUUGCAAUUCCAGCUGGAAACCGCUGCACCGGCGGUAAUCAUAGCUGCGCAAGAUGUCGUCAGAUCAGGAAAACGACACCCCUCCGCCUCCUCCCGAAAAACAACCAUCCAUCGACGAAUCAUCAAGGGCCACCGCCAACCCUGAGCUCGAAGUCGCCAAGCUCAAGGCCCUCCCUGCCGAACAGCAAGAUCUAUUUCUGCUUACAUAUGUUGCGAAACUCGUCGACUAUGUCCUGACUCUCUCAGCAGACGACUGCACUGCGCAGCAGAUGUACGUCAAGAAAGAGGUGUUCCAGAUCAUCAACCUGACCACCCCUCUUCCCUCGAGGGCCAUACGAAACAACCUGGGCAAAUGCCUGGCACACAUCUUCAGCAUUGGCGACCGAAAGCUGCUCUUCGAAACGAUAACCGACCUCUCUACAAUCAUCUCGGGCGCCAAGUCCAAGUCUGAGGUGGACGCGCGAACUAAGCAUGCCGCGGUCGUCUGCCUGGGUGACGUCUUCGCCACCGCGGGAGACAGUGCUAUUAGCUUGCACCAGCUUGCCUCGGCAGCUGUGAUUAAGCUUCUCAAAGCUUCCUCUACUAAUGCGGGCCUGAGAGCGGCUUGCCUGACCACUCUGGGAAAGAUUGUGUCCUUGAUUGAGGGCUCCAUGGACGAGGUGGUUUGCAGAGACAUGUGGAAGCAAGCGAGGAACCUGGUAUCCGGCGAUAAAGCAUCCAUGGUUAUUGUCGCAGCUGCACAGUGCUGCAGAGUCCUGGUUACACACACGCAAUACUUUCAAAACUCGAGCGACUUUGAUAAACUUGAAUCCGCGCUCUUCAAGGCCUUUGAUUCAUCCAACAGCCAGGUUCGCCAUGCUGCUGCUACUGCUUUCGCAGAAGCCCUUGCACGUGCUUUUGUUGAGGGCUCAGCGGCAGACACUGCCAAGGCAAAGAAGACCAAGCCAAAGCUGAAGCGACAGUCGACACAUCCCGGCAUAAUUGGCGACGACGACGAGCUACCCUCACGAUCCGCAAGUCCCGCACCGGGCGGCAAGCGAACACAAGACCUUGCUAUGACGCUAGACGAUAUUUUGCGAGAGCUUUCUAGCUUCUAUGUUAAGCCUACAACCUCAAACCGGGCUCGUGCAGCAGUCGGUGUAUGCUACAGCAAGCUCUUCCGACGCCUUGGUGAGAACAUCAUCGAGGCCAACUUUGUUACAAUUCUCGAGGUGCUUGCCACUGAGAUUCUUGGAAACGCUACUAUUCUCAACAACCGCUAUCGACUGCUCAUGUCACGCCGCAUCAUUGAGACUUUGCUCCAAGAUGUUAUUGGUCGUAGAAUUUUAGGAGAGUCUGGUCAGAUCGCCGCCGCGGAGUCGCUGAUCAACAAGGUGCUGAAGAAUUACCCACAAGCACUUGCUGAACGCCCGGAGCCCUCCAAGCAUAUCCUAAUCACUUCGUUAAGUGUGGUUGGAUCACUCAUCAACUUGCUCGGAUCUGCGGCCAACAACUUUGCCGAAUCCUGCCGCGACGGCCUUCUCCAGGUUUUACAGCACCCGAGCUACUCCGUUCAGGUAUUUGCUUCGCAGUGCAUGAAGACUUUCGUUAUCGCAUGCCCUCAGCAGCUGCUUCCUUGCCUCUCUGUGUGUAUGAACAGUCUUACACGUGAGCUUGGAUUAUUGGGCAGUGGACGCAACUCACCCCGCCGUUGUAUCGGCUUCGCUCAUGGCCUGGCAGCCACGCUCAGUGCUAGUCCAUUGCGUCCUUUACAUGGCUCACUGGAUAUUAACAGCCGCGUGUUUACCAUGGCUACGAAUCUGCUCAAGUCAAGUGGCCAAUCUGAGCUCCGAGUCUCCUCGACACAGAUUCAGGUUGCCUGGAUUUUGAUUGGUGGUCUGAUGUCUCUGGGUCCAAACUUUGUCAAGAUUCAUCUUUCACAACUGCUUCUGCUGUGGAAGAAUGCGUUGCCAAAGCCAUUGGCCAAAGAAAACACAUCUGCACGCAGCUUUCUAGAGUCAUCGUUCCUAACUCACGUUCGAGAAUGCGCUCUUGGUUCUAUUCUGUCAUUCCUUGAAUUCAAUAACCGCUUGCUCACUGUUGACGUAUCUAAGCGUAUUGCUGCCAUGCUUCAGAGCACUAGCGCAUUCCUUCGCACCUUGCCAGCCAAGCGAAUCACAGAUGAUAUUUCACAGCGACUGACCCCAUCACUUCAGCUCCAGGAUCUGGAAAUGAUGGUACAGCGACGUGUCCUGCAAUGUUAUGUCAAGCUCGUCAACCAGAGUCCUGCAGGUGGCAGCGAAGCUCUCCUGCAAUCCAACCUUUUGACACUUGCAAUCUCAUUAUUUGCCGACCCUGAUAACUUUACGCCCAACUCAUUGAGUGCCUCCAUUGCGAAUGCUGCUGCCACAUUUGACUCCAUCUGGGAUGUUGGAGAUAACAGUGGCUUUGGUAUUACAAGUCUGGUCUCAGCUUUCAAGGUUCGCAGACUACCGGGUCAGCAUGACUCGACGGUAUCCGAUGAACCACAGUUUGACACGCCAGAGGACGCAAUUGACCAACUUCUUAACUCUCCUAUUUGUGGUAGCAUAGAGCAUGAUGCAUCGGCGCUUUACAUUGGUACAAGGGCGAGCGACAAUGAGCUACCAGGACCAGCAGCCACUGAAGUCAUUGAUACUGCAAUCCAGUUAUUCGCCUUUGCAUUCCCUUUGACUCCAGCAAAGGUGCAGGAGAGUAUCCUUGAACAGAUCCGUACCUUUGCGUCCGCUGGAUCUCUCCAGCGAGACCCUGCCCGGAAAGCGGCCAUUAAUGUUAACAUUGCGACGGCAAUCUUGGCUACUAUGAGAGUUGCCGUGAAGGAAACCAAGUCCCCGGCAGGUAGCAUCUCUGAUAUUGCCGUUGAGAGGUUGCUCCAGGACAUUGUCCGCGACUUUGUCAUUGACCCGGACCAGUAUGUUCGCAGCUUGGGUUAUGCCUCAGUUGCCAGACUAUGCAACGUCUACGGAAAUGCUUUCACCAAUACCGAAAUCAAGUACCUUGUUGACACAAUCGUGGGCAACCGUGAACCUAGUGCCAGAGCUGGUUGUGCGAUGGCUCUUGGUGCUAUCCAGACCAAGGUCGGAGGCAUGGCUGCGGGAUACCACUUGAAGACUAUUUUGGGUAUUCUCAUGUCUCUUUGCAAUGACCCUCACCCUGUUGUGCACUAUUGGGCUCUCGAGGCACUGUCUUUGGCGUCUGAUGCUGCCGGGCUCAGCUUUGCUGGCUAUGUCCCAAGCACCCUCGGCAUGCUGGCGCAGUUAUUCGUCUCCGAAACUCAUCAUACCGAGAUUGCCUCGACUGUAUCGAUGAAUCUCGAAGCUGAAUUCUCUACUGUAGCUGCUCUGGCCAAAUGCGUUGAUUCACUCAUCAAUGUUCUUGGUCCUGAUCUUCAGGAAGCAAACAAGUCAAGAGAGCUCAUCUUCACGUUGGUAGAUCAGUUCCAAAAGUCGGAUGAGCCCGCUGUUCAGAAAGCAGCACUAGCCUGCCUGGAACACCUGUCCCUCUAUGCGCCUGGCCAAAUGAAUUUCGCAGACUACGUUAAGCGUCUGCAAAGCUAUCUUAUGUCGGAUCAGGCCACGAUACAGGAGAUUGCUGUUGACGGACUCUACAACAUCAUGAAGCGUAACCCUAAGGAUGUCUUCGAGGCUGCUAAUGAGGGUCUCGAAGACCAGUUCUGGCUGUUUCUGGAUGCCAAUCCCGAGCAGGAGACAACAAAGAACAUCAUCCGCAACUGGAUGCACCAGACCUGCCUCACAGAGACUGGCUUCUGGCUGCACUUAUUCCAAAAGGUUCUUAAGAUGACUCGACCUAAGCUCCAGCGUCAAGGCGCAAAUGCUGUUGCCUCUGCAUCGGGCAUGCCAGAUCUUCAAGAUGAAGAAGUCGCUGGAUUUGCUGGUAGCACCAAAGAUGAUUCACCCAACGCAGCAUCUUCAGAGGCCGAGCCACUUCGCUGGCAAGUUCGCACCUUUGCCAUUUCAUGUAUCUUCGACAUGUUUGCUAUUGUAGCCAAGGAUGUUGCGGCAAACGGCGAAUCUAUUGCCCAAACUGCUUUGCAGGCUAAGAUUGCUGAUGUUGUUCGCAUGGCCUUCUCUGCCUCGACCUCGAGUGUCCUGGAGCUGCGUAUUUGGGGCCUGAAGAUUAUCGGUGUUGUGCUUAAGAUGUUUGGCAAGACUCCUGACCCUGACUUUGAAGAAGCCAUGCUUCUUGAGCAGUACCAAGCGCAGAUCAGCUCUGCCUUGACACCAGCCUUUGCCGCAGACUCAUCUCCUGAGCUUGCUUCGGAAGCUGUCAGCGUUUGCGCCAGCUUCAUUGCCACUGGGAUUGUUACGGAUGUAGACAGAAUGGGCCGUAUUCUGAAGACACUCGUCAGCGCUCUCGAGAACUUCUCCACAGAGACUGAGAAUGCAGGUAUCGGAGACCUGAAAGGGCUCAGUUCCAACGCACAAACCAUGAUCAAGAUCUCUGUCUUUUCCGCAUGGGCUGAGCUUCAAGUUGCUAGCAGUGAGCAAAAGUACCUGCUGGAAGUCUUGAAGCCGCACAUUGGAAGCCUCACACCACUGUGGCUAGAAUCAUUGCGUGAGUUUGCGCGCUUGAGAUUCGAGCCCGAUAUUUCCAUGACGCUAGGCCCACCAUCUCUGUCUGGCAGCCUGGACUCCAUUUACGCGGCCCUUAACCGUGAGACCCUCUUACGAUUCUACCAAGCCGCCUGGCUUAAGCUUGUCGACGCCAUUGCUAGUCUCAUCGAGCAGGACAGUGAGUUUGUCUUUGAUGCUCUAGAUGGAAAGGAAGCAACAAGCCUCAACACCAAUGGUCAGUCCAAGUCUGGAAUCAACUACCGUGAUGAACCAGUUGCGUUCUUCUUCGUGCUGUUUGGACUGGCCUUUGAGGCUCUGGCAAUUCGCCCUGGCCAAACCGAUUCGUUAGCUACACAGGAGCAGAUGCUUGCCAUCUUGGAAGCUCUCAAGAAGAUUCUGCACCCGAGUGUUUCUGGCCACGCGAUUUACAGACCUGAUGUAUUCGCUGAGAGCAUGGAUCUCCUUGACCGCCUGGUUCUCACAGAAGGUCUCGAUGUGCAAAAGGUUAUUGUUGACAUUGCGAGAUCCAUGUGUGUUACUCACCCUUCUGCACGUCGUCAUUCGACAGAGGAGGGUGAUCUCUCAGAGGACAUUGACCAGCUCUUUGAGCUGACUCGCAUUAUUGUCCUUGUUCUCUCGGGCAUGCUGCCAAACCUAGCUGAGGGUAACCAACCUGUGCGUCAUCAGAUGAACGAAGAGGCUAUCCUUCUGGUCAAGACGUCGCUCGAGGCUUUGGUAGAUGCCGCUGAAGUAUUCCCCUCCAUCAUCAAGACUGAUCUUCACGCCUGCAUUAUCCACAUCUUUGCGACUAUCUUGGCCACUCCAUCCUGCCAAGAGCUCAUUGCGCCACAAUCGCUUGCCAUUCUGAAGAGAUUCGUCACCAGCAUGUCGGAUGCGCCGAGAGAAACACAGGAUGGACCGGUGGCUACCGACACGCAGCUGCUGGGCUGCCUUCGCCGUUUCCUUUCCAUCUACCUGAAUGCGCAAAAACGAGAGGCUGAUAACGCAUUGCUCUGCGUUAGAAAUUCGCUGCUUGCUAUAACCAUCCUCUUCACUGGAGGCAGGAAUUAUCUCGGAGCGACAGAGCCCCUAGUGGCCAGAUAUCUUGAUGAACUCAUUGAGUGUCUAAACGACCGAAUGACUGCUAAGAUUGCUGCCAACUGUGUACGAUCUCUCCUGUUACAGUCAUCACCAACAGCGGCUGAUUUGACGAUAUCGAGAUACUUGAUUCCCCGACUCAUUGCCUUUGUUACAGACACGGAGGCUGAAGACCCGGAAAAGGCAAGAUCUCUGGUCGCUCACACGCUCGCGUUGUAUGUUGGCGUUGUAGACAAGGACAAGAAGGCUGCGGCGAUGAGCCUGGUAAUCCCGACGCUCAUGACGCGGGCCACUGCCGAAGGCGAGGGACUGUAUCGUGAGACAAGUUCCCGACUAUUGGAGCUUGCAGAAGCAGACCAGAAUACCUUUAGAAGUGUUGUGGCUUCGCUCAGCGCAGCGCAGCGCGGGCUGUUGGAACAAGUCAUCAAGUCUGGCAGACAGACGGCCGCAAACAACGACAAUGGUGAUGACGACGAUGGUCAGCCGACGAUUGCACUAAAGAUGAACUUUGGGGGUUAAAAUGGAGGCGGUUCUGCUUUUUGAUUGUAGCGUUUAGAGUCAUGACAUAUAUACAUACAACUUAUAAUGAAAAAUACCACGAUGCAGCUUUUAGAGAAUCCGAUAAGCUCUAGAUUCUUGGUGAUCCUUCGUAGAUAUUAGAUCAACUAUGUAAUUUUGAAGGCAAAGGUGUCGUCCACAGUGGACUGAUCUUCACCAUCGUCGUCCUUCCACAGGCUCAUUUCCUUAUCAUCAUCUAGUAAACUCAAUAGUCGCCCAUUUUGAUCAUUGGAAAGAAACAGAAUAGGAUCUUGGUCUUUCAAGUUGAGCCAUGUUAUUUGUGGCUUGACAGGCGUUGUGGACGGCUUUUUGCGAAGCAAGUAGUCGUCCGCCAGCAGUGUCGAAGGCCCCUGUGACAAAGGAUCCCACAGAUAAGAGACUCCGGGCCGUGUGUCGUCUUGGCAGGAGAUCAAAAGCAACUCGCGCGACGAAUGAUGCCAUGAGAAAGUGACGGGUGAGUGGAAGACUAACACGGCGCGGAGCUCAGCAGUUGAGAGGUCCCAUAUCCAGAGAGUGCUCGGUGCAUCCUCCAGUUUUGUGGCGAGAAGUGAAGAAGAAACAUCGAAUAAUGCAGAAACGCAUCCAGUCUUGAGUUCUGCCGCGGCCGCUGAGUAUGCCUUGCUAUCUGCAAGACCACCUGGCGAGAUGGCUUGUGUCGCGCGGACAAAUGUGCAUGUUGGCUGGCCAUCUGGAGAUACGCCAAGCUGUUCCUGCCAGACUUGGAGAGAAUCCGUGGGCUCAAUGGUAGACGGAUGUGUGAGUGCUAUUUCACGCCGCCAUUUUGCAGUGCUGAUGAUGUUGAUGGUCGUUGAGUAGUCUGCUAUGGCGCAGAGAUCGGACAGCGGGCUAGGUUGACAGAGUCUGAUGCCCGGUGCAAGGUCGAGAUUCUCUGGUUGUGAGAGAACACCAGCGUCUAAAUCCUGGAAUAGUUCGCCAUCUGGCGUGUAGACCCAUAACUUGUGCCCGUGGGCUGCAGACUCCCAGAGUAAGAGCCACUCGCCAUUAGGUGUCCAGAGCACGCCCUGCGCGUCGACCGAGUCUGCGUUCCAAGAGCGCUGGACCUCGCGCGUCACCGGAUCAUGGAUACUUAUGACAUCUUUGCCCGCUGUGCGAGAUAAUAUGACGAGGUCGCCUGUCUUUGGGCGAAUAGCGAAUGUUUUGGAAGCUGUGCCUGGGUGAUGAAACUUGGGGUUUGCCACAUCGACGGCUCUGGACGAGGAUAAGUCGUAUAUAGAGAGUUUGAGGCCCACUGCAGAGCAAGCAAUGACCUCGCUAUCGCGCGCCCCGAAUUUCACAAGCGGCGCCUUACCGGGUCCGAGACCGGGACUAUCAAUGGCGGCUUUGAAGGAAGCAUCGAGCGCGGAGAAGACGUAAAUCUGCUCAGGGCCGGCCACGAGGAGGUAUUUCGAUGAGGGCGACCAAGCGAAACUGGAGAAUGGCUUGGAAAGACUUGCAGGUAGCUGGAUGGUGUUUUUGGUGCGCAGCGACUGUGUUGAUAUCACGGUCACGGUGGACGCGUUGAGGCUAGCGACGAGAGAGCCGUCUGGGCUCUGCCUGCAGAGCGGCGCAACUGUUAAAAAUGAAACAAAAUAGUUAGCAUAUGAAGCUUGGUAUGUAGAACAACGAGAUAUUUG